AUGGGCUCGGUGCUGCCGGCGGACUUCAUGAUGAAGCCCGGGUUCAAGCCUCAGACCCACUCCCUCUGCGACAUCAUCACCUCCGACAUCCUGCACAGCUUUCUGUACGGACGCUGGAGGAACGUGCUGGGGGAGCACCCAGCAGAGGAGAAGCAGCACCACCAGCACCACCACAGCGUCAGCCCCAAGACCGCCUUCACGGCCGAGGUCCUCGCACAGUCCUUCGCUGGAGAAGUGCAGAAGUUGUCCAGCUUGGUGCUGCCCAGUGAGGUGAUCAUCGCUCAGAGCUCCGUUCCUGGAGAAGGCCUGGGCAUUUUCUCCAAAGCGUGGAUUAAAGCAGGCACCGAGAUGGGCCCCUUCACCGGCCGCCUGGUCUCCCCCGAACACGUCGACCUGCUGAAGAACAAUAACCUGAUGUGGGAGGUGUUCAACGAGGACGGAACCGUCCGCUGCUUCGUCGACGCCAGCCAGGAGGACCAGCGCAGCUGGAUGACCUACAUCAAGUGUGCACGCAACGAGCAGGAGCAGAACCUGGAGGUGGUGCAAAUCGGCAGCAGCAUCUUCUACAAGGCCGUGGAGACCAUUCCUCCGGACCAGGAGCUGCUCGUCUGGUACGGAAAUUCCCACAACACUUUCCUGGGUAUUCCCGGCGUUCCUGGCACAGAGGACGAGCUUCAGAAAAAGAGCAGAAAUGAUGACUCCCACUCAUGUGACAGUGCCUCCUCUUCCUCCCCUCCUGCCUCCUCCUCCUCCUCGUCCUCCUCCUCUGCGGCCAGCCGGAUGCGCUGCGUCAUCUGCCACCGCGGCUUCAACUCGCGCAGCAACCUGCGCUCACACAUGCGCAUCCACACGCUGGACAAGCCCUUCGUGUGCCGCUUCUGCAACCGCCGCUUCAGCCAGUCGUCCACACUGCGCAACCACGUGCGCCUGCACACAGGCGAGCGCCCCUACAAGUGCCACGUCUGCCAGAGCGCAUACUCGCAGCUGGCGGGGCUGCGGGCGCACCAGAAGAGCGCCAGGCACCGGCCGGCUAACCCUGACGCCAACCAGCCUUCGCCUCCGCCUCCACAGAUGACCAGCAUGGCCUCCAUGGCUCAGCCGGUCCCGCUGGUGCACCACAUAGCCACCAUGGUGCUCUGA